UUGAGAAACAUGACAAAUAUACUUAAAGUGAUGAUGAGGAGCUGUAAAUUAAGAGGAAACAUUCCUAGUUAUAUUAGUAAUUUGACAAAGCUAACUAUCUUAGAUCUUAGCUUCAAUAAACUAGAAGGGGAGGUUCCAAAUUUCGAAAAUGUAAUGCAAUUGGGAAAAGUGUACUUAACAAGUAACUUACUCAGUGGACCAAUUCCAAAUUGGAUCACUAUCAAAGAUACUAACUAGUAAGUUUAAGUUUCUUGUAUUACAUUAUAGGCAUAACAAUGUGAAAACAUGCUAAGAUUGAGUAAGAAUAGUUAGUUAAUUCUGUUGUAAUUUCUUUCUGCAGCCAAAUAGAUUUAAGCAAAAUAACAUUUUAACUAUUAUUUUACAUAUCCUUAACCAAACUUUUCAAUUCUAAAUUAAACAAAACACUAAAUUAAGAUUACAAACUAAAAGUUUAAAAAACAUUCUAAAUAUUUUAAAGCAAACUUCUCAUACAUUCUAACCACUAAAUUUCAUAGCUUUAUAACCAAAUUGUUAAUUCAAAAUUACACAAAACAAACUUAAUAUAUAAAUUAAUUUACAAUUAAAAACUUAAUCCAAAACAUCCUAUGUGUAAUUUUGAAAUCAUACCUAAUAAAACUUCUAAACUUAAUAAAUAUUAUGGUAUAUCUCCAUAGAUAUGUUUUGGGAACAAAUUCAUUGUUUUUUGCUGUUCAUGUUCUGUAAUAGCUUAUACAAGACGACUUUGCAAUUAUCAAUUUGCUUUUCCUUUUCCUUCUGUUAUCAAUAAUUGAACAUGACACAACAU